UAUUUUUGAGUAGGAACGGGACGCAGUUAUUUUAGUUGCUCGCCUACACUACCUUAGCUGCAAGAACACUGAACGUCAGAAUACACGGUGUCAUGGGGAAAGUCCCAGCAGGAAGCAAGAGGAAAGCCCCGCAGAGUAUAUGGUUAAAGUACAGUCCAGUGCCGUCUCAGACACGUCGACUUACUCGCUGGGAUCUGUAGAAAGUCGUUUUUUUCUUGGAUUUUAAAAAGAUACCGUCAUGAUACUUAUUCCUGAUUUAGUGCUUUUCUUAGCAGUUCUAAUUUAAUCUGAUAAAGGCAAAACUUGUGAAGGGUAUACGUUAUGCAAGUGUCUGUGGUAUGUCGAAAGACCAGUGGGUUAAAAAUCUACAAAACUAUGUUGACGACAAAGCUAAAGUAAUACAGCCAAAAUCUACUACCAAAACUACCACUGCUACUGCUACUCCAGAGAAAUCUGCCACACGGAAAGUACCGGAAAAGUCAUAUAAACCCUCUCUAAUACCUACAAAAGAGAUGAAAACAGAAAAGAACUCAGAAAUUCAGAAACAAACCACAACACAAACAGUGACAGAAGCAGGAAGCAUAAAGUCGACUACAGUGAAGGAAGAAACACAAAGCCAACGUCUACUUGUUACCAGGCCCAUUAUUGCCACACCAGGGACAAUACCAGACCAAAGUAUAGAAAAUGAAGAAAACAUCAUAAAUGCGGCAGGAAUGAGGCCUACUACAUAUACGUUAACAAUGUUAACUACCAAAGCAGAAGAUGCAAGUGUAAUUCCAGGAAAACGAGAAGGUUCAGGAGCUUCUGAUACAGAAGAGCCACUGAAAAUUAAAACUGAUAAACAGACAACAAUAGCUAUAAUUUCACGCCUUGGGAUCUCUCUUGUUUUUGCGGGCAUUGUGACAUACUUACUCUUUAAAAGGAGGAGAGGUCACAGGUUAAAGAAGAAAGCUAGUGACCUGACUGUUACUUCUGUAUUUCCAGAGAAAGACGCGCACUUUGAACUGGAUGACGUGAGCAAUAUGAGCUGCCCUGAAGACGAUGAACGUUCUAAGAUGAUCUAACACAUUCAGUGUUUCCCUGGAAACAUGAACAAGAACCAUGAAGAGGAAUGGAAUUUCCUGAACAAGGACAGCUUGGUCAAGGCACAUUUGUGAUGUCACAUCUUCAAUAUGACUGCAGUACUAACCAGUGGAACAUCAACAAAGCUUUCAAGUUGGCUAGGCCUUGAUCUCUAAAUAUUUGUUUGCAUGGUUUAAUGGGCCUGUUCAUUUGCAUGACUUCACUAUUGCUAUUCUUGAAGGACUGCCUUAUUUUCUACCACUGGUGCAAAGAUUGCCUCUCAGUCAAAAGCAUUUACCUGGUGUGAUAGCUGUACCCAACAUUCUGAAUGGAAACUCACAAUAUUCAGAUCAUAUUAGGACAGAUGUCCUUCUGAUACCAAGCACUGCAUUUUUACCCUCAUUCCUAAAUCAGCUUCCACUCUUUGCACUUCGAAAGCAGAAACAGGUUUCUGCAAAGAAGAAUUCUAUUUGUACUGUAGGUUCAUAGGUGAAUACUAACCUAACUGCACUGAAGUGCCAUUUUAAGUCUAGGCAACAGCCAAGGUCAGAAUCAAACCCUGUACCUUGUGUCUACAAGGUGAAGACCUUAACCAUUAUGUCAAAAAAUGAUUUAAUCGUAUUUUUUUGCAUGUCUUUUCAGACUAUGGUUCAAAGGUAAGCAAUCUUGUGAAUAUGCAGCUUCAACUGUUGAACAUUUUAUCAAAAAUAUAAAAAAACACUUUGUAAAAGCUGGAAAAAAAUGAAAAGCUUCAUUACCUGUGCCCCAGUACCAUCUUACAGCUUGAUAUGUGCUGUAACUUAUAGUAAUCGCAUUAUUAGACAAAUGCAUUACCAUGAGUACAUAUUUCAGUUUGAGUUUUCCUCAAAUUCACUGCAGUCUAAAGUUAUAUCUGGUUACUUUCUUUAAACAAACAUUACAAUGUAUAGAUGUCAGGCGUUGUUUCAGGUACUUCAUCUUUAAAAGAUUAUCACAGAUACGGCAUCACAUGUGCCUGUCUUCC